GUUCAUACACUCACCCCCACCAACAAAAAAAAAAAAAAAAAAAAACCAUAAACUCUCUCAUUUUUUCUUUUUUCUUUUACUAUCUUAUGGUCAUGGGGGCUCACCGUCGAUUUGAACCAAUAUCAAAAUGUAGCUCCGAAGGGAGAUCAAAUCAAACUGUGGCUUCAGACUUAGAUGGCACACUUUUGGUGUCACGUAGUGCUUUCCCAUAUUUCAUGCUUAUUGCUCUUGAAGCUGGUAGCCUUGUAAGGGCACUAGUGCUUUUAUCAUCAGUUCCAUUCGUAUAUUUCACGUACUUAUUUGUUUCUGAAGCUAUUGCAAUCCAAACCUUUGUGUUCAUUACUUUUGCGGGGUUGAAAAUCAAGGACAUUGACCUUGUUUCAAAGUCUGUCCUCCCUAAGUUUUAUGCUGAGGAUGUGCACCCAGAGACUUGGAGAGUGUUCAAUUCCUUUGGGAAACGAUACAUUAUUACUGCCAAUCCUAGAAUCAUGGUGGAACCAUUUGUUAAGACCUUUUUAGGGGCUGACAAGGUGAUUGGUACAGAGUUGGAGGUAACAAAAUCUGGGAGGGCAACUGGGUUUGCUAAGAGACCAGGAAUUCUUGUUGGUGAACACAAAAAAGCAGCCAUUGUUAAGGAAUUUGGCACCAACGACUGUCCCGAUUUGGGUCUUGGAGAUCGAGAAACUGACCAUGAUUUCAUGUCUCUUUGCAAGGAAGGUUACAUGGUGCCAAAAACCAAAUGUGAGCCACUACCAAGAAACAAGCUAUUAAGCCCAAUUAUUUUUCAUGAUGGCAGGCUAGUUCAGAGACCCACCCCUCUAGUUGCCCUUUUAAGCUUCUUAUGGAUGCCAAUUGGUAUUGUCCUCUCCAUCCUCAGAGUCUACCUUAAUAUCCCUUUGCCUGAAAGAAUUGUCUAUUACAACUACAAGGUACUAGGCAUUAAACUCACUGUUAAGGGUACCCCUCCACCUCCACCUAAGAAAGGACAAAGUGGUGUCCUAUUUGUUUGCAACCAUCGUACAGUUUUAGACCCAGUUGUUAUAGCUGUUGCCCUUGGAAGAAAAAUUAGUUGUGUCACAUAUAGUAUAAGUAAAUUUAGCGAAUUGAUUUCGCCAAUUAAGGCAGUUGCAUUGUCAAGGGAAAGAGAGAAAGAUGCGGCUAAUAUUCAACGCUUGCUUCAAGAAGGAGACUUGGUUAUUUGCCCCGAGGGAACCACUUGUAGAGAGCCAUUCCUAUUGAGAUUUAGUGCACUAUUUGCUGAGCUAACUGAUAGGAUUGUGCCUGUUGCAAUUAACACUAAGCAAACUGUGUUUUAUGGGACUACUGUACGUGGGCAUAAACUGUUGGACCCUUAUUUUGUGUUCAUGAAUCCAAUGCCAAUCUAUGAGAUCACUUUCUUGAAUCAACUUCCAAAGGAGCUCACUUGCAAAGGUGGGAAAUCAGCCAUUGAAGUUGCAAAUUACAUUCAAAGGGUGCUUGGUGGAACAUUGGGCUUUGAGUGCACAAAUUUGACUAGGAAGGACAAGUAUGCUAUGCUUGCAGGAACAGAUGGCAAGGUUCCAUCUAAGAAGGAAAAGGCUUAAGAUUUGGACAAAGCAAAUCCCAAUCAUUCUCUAUAUUGGGUUUUUUUUUUUUUUUUUUUUUUUUUUUUUUUUUUUUUUUUUUUUUUUUUUUUUUUUUUUUUAAUGUCAGAAAACGUUUUAUUAUAACAAUAAAAUUGAUUGUGAUGAUUGUUGCAAAAUGACCGUUUAUGGUUUUUUUUUUUUUUUUUUUUUUUGAGUAGCCGUUUAUGUUAUUGUAUACUUUUUAGUUUGAUGUAUACAAAAUAUAUUUUAGUUUCUGCUAUUGGGUCAGUGCCCAAAUCCACUGUAUUUUGCCCCAUUA